UUAUACAUAAUAUCUAAAAUUUGUGUAUUGAUAAAGUCGAACAUCAAUUUUUAUUUCUAUUAUCACGUUUUGUUGAUAAUAAAUUAAUAGUAGUAUUUUGUUUGAGCCAAAAUCCAAAUCAAUACCUUUCGAAAAACUGAAGAUUAAAAAACACAAUUUAUGAAAAUAACUAUCUUAAAGUUUAGAAAAUAAAAUGGUUUUACCAAGAGAAAAAAUAUUACUUCUCUGCAAUUUUGACACACAAAUUCAAGAUACAGAUUCUCAAGCUAUCAGAAAGCUAUGGAAUGGUGUGUGGUAUAUAGAAAAUUUUGAUUUGUGUGAAGAGAUCUUAAUAUCAGGCUUAGAAAUAGAUCAGCUGAAAGAGGUUUUAAAAAAAUACAAAGAUGAAGAAAAUACUUUAAAUGACAUCCUUCACCUAGCUAUAAGUGCAUUUUUGACAUUUUGUGAAAAGAAUUGGAAUCCACAUGCGGAUGAAUUAAAUAUAAAUACUUAUUUUAAAAGUUUAUGGCCAAGCAAUCUUGAUGCAGCUUUAAAGUUACAAAGUAAUUCAGAGCCAGUUCAUAGUAACAUUGUUUAUCCUGAAUUAUUAUAUUUCUCAACGCAAGUUUUAUGUGCAUUAAGUUGUAUUCAAGAAAAUUUGGUAAAUAACUGGUGGUUGUUAAGAAGUAAAAUUGUGCAUCAAAGAGUCCUGGAAGACAAAACCGCUACCCUGUACAAAAAUAUUGAAUUAACUAUUGCAAAGCUCUAUAAUAUGUUUAAGUCUAUAAAUGAUCCAAGACUUCAAGUGUUACUUUAUUUAGAAAUGGCACAAGCAUAUGUGGUGUAUGAUAGAGUAGAAAAAGUUGAAGAAUAUCUAUUGAAAGCCAAGGAGAUUGCUGGGUUAAAAUUAGAAUUGACAGGGAUCUUGGGAAAACGUACAAAAUUCCAGCAAGAGGCCCUUCCCCAACUGGCAUUGACAAGUGAAUUAGAUUCUAACAUUGAGCGGGUCUCGGCUGAAGACAGCCAUGGUUCCUCAGAUCUACCUCAUGAUGUUGAGUUACAAGAUGAUGUGAGAUUGAAUAAAGUUGAGUUUAAUGAGAAGUUAAGUCAAGCAAAACUGCCAAGCUUAGAACAGACACUUUGUUUGUUAACUGUCCAAUACCUCCAAAAAGCCCAGCCAAAAGAUGCUUUAUUAGAAGAGGAACUACGUCCAUACAUAGACGUUGUAUUGAAUCAAAAGAGUGGGCCUUGGGCUAGCCGUGUUGCAGCCCUUUUAAUCCGUUGUAAACUAGAAGCUAAUCAUAAGCGAACUGUUGAGAGAGCUAUGAUGCAAUGUGAGACUAUAGUCAAUGAAAAAGCUGUGGUAUCUGCUACUAACAGACUAUCAUACCUCUGGGCAUCAGGAUUGCCAUGUGCGUGGACGUGGCGGCAACAAUUAGCUGAUUUAUAUCUCAGUUUGGGUCUGGUUAAGGCAGCCUUAGAAGAAUAUCAAAAGUUACAGCUUUGGGAAGAUGUUAUUGUGUGCUACACUUUACUUCAGUUAAGGCAUAAGGCUGCAGAGGUAAUUCAACAGCAGAUUGACGUACAGCCAACAGUGAAACUGUACUGCCUUUUAGGAGAUGCUACAGAUGAAGUAAGCUGGUAUGAUAAGGCCUGGGAGUUUUCUGAACACAAGAGUAGUCGAGCGCAACGUCACUGGGGCAAUUUUCUUUUCGACCGCAAGCGAUACGAUGAAUGUAUUCCGCAUUAUGAAAUGUCACUCCAAAUUAACGCUAUACAAGAACACAUUUGGCUAAGGCUGGGCUUCGCAGCUCUUACGACAGAGAAAUGGGAGUUAGCUGGUAAAGCAUACAGGCGAUAUACGUAUCUACAGCCGAAUACUUUCGAGGCAUGGAACAACUUGGCCAAAGUUUAUAUGAUGCAAGGCGAAAAGGAGAGAGCCUAUAGAGCCUUAAUGGAGGCUCUAAGAUUUAAUUAUGAUAAUUGGAAGUUAUGGACAAACGUAAUAACAGUUAGUUUGGAGACAGAACAUUUUGAUGACGUCAUUAGAGGUAUACAUCGCACAAUAGACCUUCAGAAUAAGUACGAAGACGUCAAAGUAUUGGCUUUACUUGUCAAUGAAGUACUUAAGGAAAGGAUAGAUUUGGAUAAGGAGAGUUAUGAAAGAUUUAGAAAACGAGUACAGGAACUCUUUGGACGGUUAACAUCAAUUCAUCCCAGUAAUGGGGAGAUUUGGCAAUUAUAUUCUUAUAUCAGCCCUACAUACUUACUGAAGGCACAAAGAUUGUUAAAGACCUAUGGGUGCAUUGCACAGACUGGCAAAUGGGCCAACGAUCCCAGUACAUGUAAAAUGGUAAUAGACAUAUCACAGGAUAUGAUCGAGUACAGUAUAAAGGCUCGCCAAGAAAUGUCUGCAGAAGAAAAAGGAAAAAUACUUCAAGCUGAUCAGCAGUUGUCGUCUGCAAGGCUCACAGGACAAGCAGUCAUAAGGAUUAUAGAAAAACAAUGGCCUGACUUAGACAUCAGUGAAUUGAAGGAAAAAUUUAUUGCUGUUACAGAAUUUAUUAAAUCAGUUAUAUAAGUUGUGUUUUUAUUU